CCAUUUAACAUCAUUCCCAUUUAUAACAAUAGACUUUUCCUCAUCUUCCUCAGCAUGCCUAUGUAAGAAGGGCAUGCCAUGGAGAAGAAAACAAGUGCCCAAGAGUCACGCAUAUUGAACCAAAUAUUUUUCCCUAAGCAACUCAACAAAGUAUACCCAAUUAGGCUUCAAAGAAGCUCUUCAACUUCAUCCUUAUCGUCCUUAUCAUCAUCAUUGUCACAAAAUUCAGAUGACUCUUCCAUAACAGAUUCUUUGAAUCUAGUGGAUGACAAUUUUCAAUUUGCACUGAAUUUGAUUUCACCGCACCGAAAAAGAAGAGAACCAGGUGUUACUAAUACUUCGCACCAACAACAUAGUCCAUAUACUACUGAACUUGGUGAAUUGAAAAGGUGUAACUGGAUUACAAAGAACUGUGAUAAAACAUACAUUGAAUUUCACGAUGAGUGUUGGGGAGUCCCGGCUUACGAUGACAAAAAGUUGUUCGAGCUGCUUACAUUGUCAGGAUUGCUGAUAGAUUACAACUGGACAGAAAUUCUAAAAAGAAGGGGAAUUCUUAGACACGUUUUUGCCGGAUUUGAUCCAAAUACUGUGGCCAAAAUGGAUGAGAAAGAAAUCAUGGAAAUAGCAUCAAACAAGGAUGUUUUAUUAGCCGAUUGCAGAGUUAGGUGCAUAAUAGACAACGCCAAAUGCAUAAUGAAGAUUGUGAGGGAAUGUGGAUCAUUCAGCAGCUAUAUAUGGGGUUAUGUGAAUCACAAACCAGUGAUUAACAGAUAUAGAUACGCAAGAGAUGUCCCUCUAAGGACUCCAAAAGCAGAUACCAUCAGCAAGGACUUGAUAAAGCGUGGCUUUCAAUUUUUGGGUCCAGUGAUAGUUUAUUCUUUUAUGCAAGCUGCAGGAUUGACAAUUGAUCAUCUUGUGGAUUGUUAUAGGCACAAUGAAUGUGUAAGCCUAGCAGAAAGACCUUGGAGGCAUUUGUAACACUAUGAGUGCUAACAGUUCACUUUCUAAUACACUCUUUUGAGAAACUUUUUAUUAUUGGUUGAAAUUUAUUAAAAAUUAUAAAAUGACAAGCAAGACUUACAAAGGUUAUAAUUUCCAAAAAAAAUGCAGCCAAUAAUCGAGAGGGUACUGAAAAGAAUGUAUUAGAUAGUGUAUCGUUAACAUCUCUCUAUGUAACAUUAUCAAUUUACUUUCAUAAUUUUCUUUUUGUUUUUGUAUGAACAGCUUUUCAGUUUAACAUACAUGCCUACUCUAGCAAGAGGCAAAGGAAAAGAAAAAAAAAAUGCAUGCUUUGCAGUCCCUUUAUUUUAUUUUAUUUUUUGGGUUUUUGGGGUCAUUUUUUUCUUCUCUUCUUUCCAUCUCAUGUAUUAUUAAGUCAUGCUUAGCCAUUGUCAAUAAUUUGAAAAGGGUUGCUUGCUUGCUUUGAAUUUGAGUGAUGAUCAGAGUCAGCCUUGAGGCCUUGUUUGUACACUACAUGUUUGGUAUGGUGAAUACAUCAGACCAAUUAUAGUGAAUA